AUGAACACCUCCAUGAUCCCCUCCAAGUUCUUGUCCCAUCCCGAGGACAUUGGUGUCGUUGCCGUGGGCUUCUCUGGCGGCCAGUGCAAGCCCGGUGUCGACGCCGCCCCGGCCGCCCUUAUCGAGUCCGGCCUCCUCACGAGCCUGCGCGAUGAGCUCAACUACAAGCUGCACGGCGAUGACCAGGUGCACCUAUAUACCGAUCUCGUGCCCAAGGAGGACCCGCCCUACCGCAACAUGAAGAACCCAAAGGCCGUGAGCAGCGUCACGGAGCGCAUCGCCGACCAGGUCUACUCGCACAGCAAGGAGGGCCGGCUCGUGCUGACGCUCGGCGGCGACCACUCGAUUGCCAUUGGCACCAUUGCAGGCUCGGCCAAGGCCACGCGGGAGCGCCUGGGCCGCGAGAUUGCCGUCAUCUGGGUCGAUGCCCACGCCGACAUCAACACGCCCGAGACGAGCGGUUCGGGCAACGUGCACGGCAUGCCGGUGGCGUUCCUCACGGGACUCGCCAAGGAGGACAAGCCCGAGUACUUUGGCUGGAUCAAGGAGGAGCACCGCCUGAGCCUCAAGAAGCUGGUCUACAUUGGCUUGCGCGACGUGGAUCCUGGCGAGAAGAAGAUCCUGCGGGAGCACGGCAUCAAGGCAUUCAGCAUGUUUGACAUUGACCGACACGGAAUUGGCAGGGUCGUCGAGAUGGCACUCGCCCACAUUGGCAACGACACCCCGAUCCACCUGUCGUUCGACGUCGAUGCGCUGGACCCGAUGUGGGCGCCGAGCACGGGCACUCCGGUGCGUGGCGGCCUGACUCUGCGCGAGGGCGACUUCAUCUGCGAGAGCGUGCACCAGACGGGCAGCCUGGUGGCGGUGGACCUGGUCGAGGUGAACCCGAGCCUGGCACCGGAGCUGGACCACGGAGCGCACGAGACGGUGCGGGCGGGCUGCUCGCUGGUGAGGUGUGCUCUGGGCGAGACGCUGUUGUAG